AUGUAUGGUUCAAAUGGCCAGCGAGUAGACGAUUUGCCAGUACCCCGGCAUGCCAAGACGAUUACUUUCGAAAGCUAUCCGCCAUCUCGCCGUAGCCAAAGCUGGCCGCAAGCCGAUACGGUAUACACUCGAGAUCUUUACACGCGCGAGCCUCUAAGCGCGCGGGCUCCUCAGCCUUCGCCUCACUUGGAAUCGCAUUUGCCGCAUACAUUGCUGGUGCCCCAGGCGCCGCAGGUCGCUGGAAACGGCGUCUUGCCCGGAAUCAGCACAUUCGAGGCACUCGGGCCUCCCACUCAAGACCGCAUACGGUCACGCCAGUUCUCGCAACCCAGCUCAGCCUGGGGCCUCCCCGACAGCCCACCGAGCCGCAGCGACCACUUUGGCCACACGACUACGUGGGACUCUCCUCAUCGUCCACCACGCCUGCAUAUUGACACCAGCCUGUCCCACAUUCCCAAUUCUUUCGGCAGUCAACCACAGACGGCACCUCCUGCUAAUGGCUUGCAGUUUUCUCGCGCUGCAUCGCAGUAUGAAGCAGUGCCCAUGUCCGGACGGUCUGACACACAUACGUACAAUCCUUUAUGGCAGGACCGUCAAUGGGUAAACGCUACCCUCGCUCGCCAGAGCUCAACGCCGUCCAGUCAUUGGUCCGCCGGUGGCAACCGAAACGACCCACAUCCACCUGCGCUGCCCAGUCUGGGAAGUGCGAUUCUACGUGAGCCAGCGCUGAAGAAGUACUCGCGCACCCUCAUUGGUCCAGUUGUGGCCAACGGAGUCCAGCUCCGGGAUGACAAGAAGCGAGAGGGCAUAUACUUCAUCUUCUCUGAUCUGUCCAUCCGAGUGGAAGGUAUCUUUCGUCUUCGAAUACGGCUUUUCCCUAUCGUGCUGCCUAUGUCGCUCACCACUGGCAGCGGCGGCAGAGGCCGUAUUGGAGACAACGCCAAAAUGCUAGCCCAAGCUUGGUCGGAGCCGUUUGAGGUCUUCUCCGCCAAGCGAUUCCCCGGUGUACCCGAAAUUACGGCACUCUCACAAGCGCUUUCUGCGCAAGGGCAGAAGCUACCCACUAGGCGGAAGACGGAAGACCAUGACGAUGGUCGCUUCGACGAUGAUCGACUAACGAACGCAUGGCCAGAUGACUUUCACAUCACGUCCUGA